AUUUAUUUAAUUUUUUAUUACAUGUGUCUAGUUGUCAUGAUUGCUUGAUUGAAAUGGAUAAUAAGGCCAAUUCAAAAUUUUAUUUCAUUAUGUGAAAAGUAUUUUCACUCUGCGGAACAUGACACGGAAUUCGGAUAUUUUAUUUGUAACUGAAUAUAUAGAAAACGUUUUAUAUUUUGCUACAGUAAGACAAGGAAAAUUUCUUAAAAACACGAGUGAUACACAUUUUUUUUCAAUUGAUAAUGAAUUGGUAUACGAAAACUAUUAUGGGGAUUUUGGACCUUUAAACUUAGGAUGUGUAUAUAAGUACUGUAAAGCUCUAGAUGAAAAAUUAAAAUUAUAUUUAAAUAAACAAUGUAUUGUGCAUUAUACGUCCGUGGAUCCCAAGAAGAAGGCCAAUGCUGCGUUUCUUUUAGGAAGUUACGGGGUGUUAAAUUUAGGCUUACAGCCGAAAGAUGCUAUAAAACCAUUAUUGGUUCACGGACAAACGUACAGACCGUUUCAAGAUGCAUCGCAAGGUGAAUCCUUAUUUACAAUCACGUUAAUGGAUUGUCUGCAAGGCUUAGCUAAAGCCCGUGCCUUAAGAUUUUUUAACUUCCAAGACUUUAAUUAUGAUGAAUAUGAAAAAUGGGAUAGAGUUCAUGGCGGUGAUCUUAACUGGAUAGUUCCUGGAAAGUUUUUAGCAUUUAUUGGACCCGUGGAAUACAGUGGAUAUUUUUAUCAUCCACCUGAAAUUUACAUUAGUUAUUUCCUUGAAAGCAAUGUUAAAAUUGUUGUAAGAUUAAACAAGAAACUUUACGACGCUAAAGUUUUUACCAAUGCUGGUAUAGAACACUGCAAUUUAUUUUUUCCUGACGGAUCGUGUCCACCGCAACAUAUAUUAUUUAAAUUUUUGCAACUAAGUGAAGAAAUUGAGGGCGCCAUUGCUGUACAUUGCAAGGCAGGUCUAGGUCGCACUGGUUCACUUAUAGGAUGUUAUUUGAUCAAACACUAUCGUAUGACAGCUCAUGAAGCUAUCGCAUGGAUGCGGAUAUGCAGACCGGGAUCAGUUAUUGGUCACCAACAGAGAUGGCUUGAGGAUUUGGAAGCUUGGUUAAUAAAACAAGGAAACUUGUACAGGAGACGAACUUAUCAAGAUGUGGAUAAGUUCCCAGUGCACGAAUUCGGCAUCUACUCCAUAGCUGAGAUAACUCGUAGAUAUAGGCCAGUGGUGUUGAGCAAAUCGCCAUCACCGCCUCCGCCAAUGCAAAGACUGACCCACUCGGAAAUGUCUCCUGUACGUCCUCAAGCUUCCAGAAUAAGAGAAGUUCCUAGUAAAACAACCGAAAAGAACCAGAUCGAAUGCAACGAGAAGAUGACUAUCGAAAAGAAUACAAAAAGAGGAAUUUCAAGCGAUCGUAGUCGGACGGGAUCGAGGACUGGAACUGGUGCUGGUGAACCGCGUAAUACUAGAUCAUCUCGAUGCAAUACUCCAAAAUCACAAGGAAGAUAUAGUAUUCAAUCAAACGAUACUGUUAAGAAUACUGAGAUUGCCUCUCCCAACACGCUUUCCCCACCUCCCAUUGUACGAACUUAUAGAGAUGCCAGGAACAUUUUAAUGCGUAGUUCAGUAGCCAAUGAGCCAAAAAUGAAAGAUUUGAAAUCUUCUAUAUUGGUCAAACCGCAAUACAACUUUAGAAGAUCAAAUGUUUUCACCGAACGUUUAAUUAAUAAUGUUGCAACCAUUCAAAAAAAUAUACCUUCAGGUUUCACUUCAGUGCCUAAAGCACCAAAUCAAAUACAAUACCGCCGCCGUCUUGGUCGCAGUCCAAGCCCAGCACCAAGAACAGUAAUGGAACAGUCCCGUGCUACCAAUACACCUCCUCAAUUAGGAAUUAUCUCCGCUCGAAAUUCAAAACUUACAAUACAGGAGGCACUGUCUAAGCUAAAAUUGUCAGUUCCUCGAGAUGCAUCUAUCGGCGCUGCUUCGUUGGGAGCUCAGCGUGAUGCUCCUGCUGGUCGUAAAGCGCCCUCCGUCCGCUCGGACGAGAGGCCACUCGCUACUCAGGGUGACAUGUUGAACAGCAUUAAGUUUCAAAGAAGACUGAGAGAAAGUUUAAUGAUAGAAAGGCAAGGAACUAAAAUGAAUGAUAUAAAAAGGUAA